CCGCACAACUAACGGAGCAUUUUCCCCAUCAGCAAGAGAGCAACAACAGCAUGUGAAUGGCGGCAGAAAGCGGCAGAGUUGUCACAGAGGAGCGGGAGGAGCUCUCGGCCUCCGGGGUUGUCACACACACCCACCGCGCACACACCCGGAGCCAGAGCCACAUCCAGUUUCAGCCUCUGACACACACCACCUCCACCACCGCCUCCAACUCCACCACCACCUCCCAGUGGCCGGCUCCUCGAACUCUCGCUCACACGAGGAGUCACAGUCACACACACUUCGGCGCUCCCUCACACACUCCGGUGCAGAAGUACGGCUGUCGUCUCACACACAGCCUCUCAGCCAUGGCCAAGGGGGAGAAAGGAGUUCAGGGCCCCGCGGGGAAGCUCAUCAAGCCCUCUGAACCGCUGUUCCCCAAAACCCCUCAGCAGACCGUGUUGGGUCACAAGUUGACAUUAUCCAGCAAGCUGUGUUUCGCCAUCGGCGGGGCGCCAAAGGAGGUGGCUGCCAGCGCCACGGCCUUCUUCCUGCAAAUCUACCUGCUGGAUGUGGCUCAGAUCAAUGCCUUCCAGGCCUCCAUGGUGCUGUUCAUUGGUAAAGCCUGGGGUGCGGUGACCGACCCUAUCGUGGGCUUCUUCAUUACGAAAAGCAGAUGGACCAAGAUCGGCAGACUCAUGCCCUGGAUGGUGGGUUGCUCUCCGUUCCUGGUGGUCUCCUACUUCUACCUCUGGUUCGUUCCUCCCUUCAUCAGCGGCAGGUUCAUCUGGUACCUCGGCUUCUACUGCCUCUACCAGACCCUCAUCACUUGCUUCCACGUGCCUUAUUCUGCUCUCACCAUGUUCCUGAGCACCGACCAGAAGGAACGAGACUCGGCCACUGCUUACCGAAUGACAAUGGAGGUGCUGGGGACGCUCGUGGGCGCCGCCAUCCAGGGCCAGAUCGUGGCCAGCGCUCACACUCUGAAGCACUGCCCGCCUUACAACAUUACUGACGGUUACCUUGGCAACAGCAGCGGGAUCGUCAAGAGCCUGGUGCGCUCCCAGGACUACCUGUCACACUCGAAGGAGGUGUACAUGAUAGCGGCCGGUGUGAUAGGAGGAGUGUUUCUCGUCUGCACCUUGGUGAUGUUCCUGGGGGUCAAAGAGAGAGACGAUCCGUACGCCCCAAGGACGGAGAAGCAGAUCCCAUUCCACCAGGGCUUCAUCCUGGUGAUGAGACACGGGCCGUACCUCACUCUCACCGCCGCCUUCCUCUUCAUCACUGUCGCCAUUCAGCUGGUACAGAGCAACUUCGUCCUCUUCUGCACUUACGCCGCCGACCUGAGGGAUCACUUCCAGAAUAUUGUGCUGACCAUCCUGGUUUCCGCGGUGAUAAGCAUCCCGUUGUGGCAGUGGUUUCUGCAGAGGUUUGGGAAGAAGACGGCGGCUUUUUGCGGAAUCACAUGGAUAAUGCCCUUCACCUUGAUGCUGGUCUUCAUCCCCAAUGUCGUGGUGGCCUACGUCGUGGCUGUCGCAUCUGGACUCAGUGUGGCUGCCUCGCUCCUGUUGCCAUGGUCCAUGCUGCCGGAUGUGGUGGAUGACUUCAGACUGGCCAACCCCUACUGUAAAGGCCACGAGGCCAUCUUCUACUCCUUCUACGUGUUUUUCACCAAGUUCGCUGCGGGAAUCUCCCUGGGAGUGUCCACCCUCUGUCUGGAAUUUGCAGGGUAUGACACCGGCGCCUGCAAGCAGCCUGCUCCUGUAGUGUACACCCUGAAGCUGCUGAUCGGUGCGGCCCCCGUGGCCUUCAUUGUGACGGGGUUAAUGAUCCUACUGCUCUACCCGAUCAGCGAAGACGUACGGCUCAGGAACAGACUCUGCCUGGAUGAGCUACGAAAGCAAAGCAUCGGCUCCAGAACAACGGAAGAUUUGAAUAAUGUGUGACCUGGAUCUGGAAUGAAGUGAAUCCACAAAGCCAAGUGUUCCAGUUACCUCCGCUGGAAAGUCGACCAUUAGUGUAUAUUACACUGAUAUAUAGUUAAACUGUUUUAAUGUAAACUUUUUUGUUUCAUUUUCACAUGUACU